GAAUACCCAUUUUGCGCCACCUUCUGAGGAAGUGAUGGUCUCUGCAGUAAACAUGUCAGAAUCUUACAGCAGCAAUAACUGCACUCAGAGUAGUGCUCUUACUCUGUGCCUGCUGAUAUAGGAUUGCCGUCUCAACCACUCAUCUGCUUUAUACAUAAGAAAAUACAAGCGAAUGAGGGCAAUAUAUUGUACUCAAAAUGGCUCUUCCAUCUCCUGAUCCAAAGUUUGACCUUCGGGGGAUCGAUGCAGAGGUGAACUCUUUGCAUUUUAGUUGUAUGGUUCAUAGACCAAGUCAACCACUUCUCUUCUCAGGGUCCUCAAAUGGUCUUGUCCAUGUGUGGAAUUUAAAUACUCGGAGAUCUGAGACAGUGCUCAGUGGUCAUCAGGGGAAAUCCAUCUACUGGCUCCAUACACUGUUUCAUAACAGGGAAUUGUUGUUAAGCCAGGGCAGAGACCUUCAAAUCCGUACAUGGAAUUUAGCAGAAGGCAGAAGGGAAGAAAUUGACUCUGUUCCUGUGGAGAGUGUUGGAUUCUGUAAAUGUUCUUUACUGAAGACUGAAAGUUGCCUUUUAGCUAUGCCAGGAAAGGACAGUUCACAGGUCCAGGUUUUGGAUCUUAAUUCCAAAAAGAUAGUCUCCUCAAUGAAGCUCAGCACAGAUAACCAAUGGGGUAUGGCUAUGUGCAUGAAGUUAUGGCAGCCCAUCUCUGGUCCAAGCCCCCUUCUUCUUGUUGGCUAUGAGGAUGGCUCAGUGGCUCUGUGGAAUGUUUUGGAACACAGAUUGAUGAGCCGACUCACUUGCCACAUGGAGCCUGUGAUGAGCCUUGACUUUGACUGCCUUAAGGCCAGAGGGGCAUCAGGAUCCUCAGAGAGAGUGCUAAAUGUCUGGAGCCUUGAUGAACAGCAGAACCUGAAGGCUUACAAAACACAAGAGCUUGUCAACCCUGGAAUUUCAGAUGUAGUCCUCCGACAAGACAGAAAGAUCUUAGCUACUGCAGGCUGGGACCAUCGAAUUCGAGUAUUCGGGUGGAAGCGGAUGAAACCUUUAGCUGUGUUACAGUAUCACUCAGCUAUUGUGCACUGUGUGUCAUUUUCAGACCAUUUAACCCCUGAAGAUCGAUUGCUUGCAGCUGGCUCAAAAGACCAUCUUAUAAGUUUAUGGUCAGUAUAUCAGAACACCUAAGAUACUUUAUAUUCUCAAACAUACCCUGUGUAUACACAACAUUUCAGUAUACUUUUACUUAAAUCCAGUCCUAUUUUGGAUAAGACUGUAUUUUAAAAGAAAAUGGUCAAAAAUGGAAACAAAAACCAGUCAUGGUAUGCAAUACUUUUGUUUCUUGGAAUUAUACCAGCUGGUUGAAGCAGAUGACAAAGAAGUUGUGUAUCGAUAACCAAGUUUUGAGACCAUGAAAGGAUGGAAAUGGACUCUCAUAAAGGACUGGUGUUAAAAUGAGGGUUGGGUACCUUACAAUCUAUUACGCUGACUCUGUUUGAAUAUGGACCACUAUACGCUAAGGCUGUUAAGAUUUGUUCUACCUUAGUAUAUAUCAAGUACAAGGCACUGUCUUCCAUACAGAAAGCAAAUCAUCCAAAUGAAGAAUUGUUUGUGUUCUGAUUGUGGGUUUCCAGUUUUAGGGAGAGGACAUGUCCUAUUUUUGCUGUUUACAGUAAAUUGAUUUCAUACCUGUACCAAUUCUGUUUUUAUUUUACAUAAAGUAUACAGGUAUGGGAUCUAUUAUGUCGAUUUGUUCUCAUGUAAUAUUGACUUCAAAAUCAUAAGUCUAAUAAAAAAAAAAUAAAAGUCAAGUAGAAUUCUUUUGACAUCAAUAUGGAUUUACACUGCUUUAUGCAGGUGCACCCAGCCCUUUCAUUAUGAGGCUGUCUGUCCUCAUCUUUUUUAUAAUCUUUUUCUAUAAUUUUGACACCAUUUCAACAGUUGCCCCAUGCAUUUGCUUCAUCAUCCUACACCCCUACCACACCCACAUUCUUCUACUUUGCACUACAAAAGCAAACACGUCCCAUCUGUGCCCUUUUCAUCCCUAAAUCCAUUUUACUUUAUUUCCACUACAAAUGCCAUGUUUUCUUCUCAUGGUAUUCCCUCACUACACAAUCUUUGCACUGCUGCAGCUCCUUACUAUAUUUUUAUAGCACCCCAGUGAUCACAUUGUUAGUAUUUCUACUCUUCUUUUGUCUCCCUGUUGACUUUCUACCUCACUCCUUUUUGGCAUCUUGUUUCUUUCUCAUCUCUGUUUGUACUUCUCUUUAUGUAGCACCUGUUUAUUUUCCAACCAUUUCACGCUUUUUCCAGGUUUCAUGAAAUACUUUUGCGAGUAUUCACAUUUUUCGCAGCAUUUUUUUUUGACCGGGAAAAAAUCUCAAACUUUUUUGCGAUAAAUAAACACCUUUGUGUCUGGGCUUACAAACAUUUACUGCCUGUAAUGUUAAACAUGUGGGUGGAGGUUACAUUUUAACACAUUCAUUGAUUGAGUGGAAAAAAGAUAUAAUUAAAAGUUAUUGUAUCUGGGAAAAGCUGUAAUAGAAAAUGGUCCCUAUAACUUAUACAGUUGGUUUCCUCUAUUAUUAUGAAGCCACAACCUGAGAUUCAGUAAUAACAACAGAGAAUUUAUGCAUUGGGUUACAGAUUGUCUUAUUUGAUUGUAUAUUAUUUGGAAAGAGCUGUAUUACUGUUGUAUAAUAUCCUAGAUUGUAAGCUAUUGCGAGCAGGGCCCUCUGAUCCUUACUCUGUAUACCCCUAUUUGUUAAACCAGGGGUCCCCAACCUUAUUCAUACCAAGGACCGGUUGCUAUGUGUAAAAUGUUUCCACGGACGGGGGAAGGGGUGGUUGCGCAGCGCGUUCAUUUUGCCUUUGUGUGUAUGUCGCGUUCCGUCGUGUUUUGAAAUGGGUGAACACAAUGACCUUACAUCAUUUUUACAUUGUGUAAUAAAUACAUAUGUGUGCGUGUGACACA